CGCUGUCAGACAGUGGACGAAUCAGAUUCCGCAUAGUACCCUGGGGAGUUCUGAGUGGGCGGAACUAUGACGUUUGUGAUUUUUUUUUAUGGGGAAAUGGUUAGUUUCAUGCCACGCCUCUGCGUGAAGAAUGUCAGAGGCGGAUUGAAGCAAGUUCCGAGAGGCAUUUGUUGGCAAAGCGUAAGUCCUUAGCGCAGGAAAAGGAGCAGGAAAAUGGCCUAUCAUAAUCAACAGCAACAGUACAGACCACCUCAAUAUAACACCAGCGGCGCUCCACCAGACCAAGGUUUUCUAUGGAAUAUAUUUCAGAGGGUUGACAAGGACAGAAGUGGUUCAAUAUCAGACACAGAACUCCAACAGGCGUUAUCGAACGGUACAUGGACGCCUUUCAAUCCAGUCACUGUCAGAUCCAUCAUCGCCAUGUUUGACAGGGACAACAAAGGCGGGGUGAACUUCAACGAGUUUGCGGGCGUGUGGAAGUACAUCACGGACUGGCAGAACAUCUUCCGCACGUACGACCGAGACAACUCCGGCUUCAUCGACAAGAACGAGCUGAAGCAGGCCCUCACUGGCUUCGGUGAGCAAAGCUACCGGCUAUCAGACCAGUUCUACAACACCCUCAUCGAGAAGUUCGACCGCCAGAGGAAGGGACAAGUGGCCUUUGAUGACUUCAUCCAGUGCUGUAUCGUGCUACAGAGGCUGACCGAUGUCUUCCGGCGGUACGACACAGACCAAGACGGCUGGAUCCAAGUGUCCUACGAGCAAUACCUCUCAAUGGUCUUCAAUGUCGUAUAGCACACAGCAAGAGAGAAAGCGAGAGAGAGAGAGAGAGAAUGCACACAACUUGUGGACACAGUUCGUGCCAAAAAGAAGAAGAAAAGAAAAGAAAAGAAAAAAACUGUAGAAGUUACUCCAUCAUUGGUCUUCCCACCACAAGAUGACCAAAUCACAUCUCACCAGGGUUUCGGGGCGGGACCUAAGGACUUAAAAAAAAUCUAUCUGCUU